UCAUUAAAUUAACAAUGACGACUUCCAAAAGCCAAUCUCCUCUUUCUCUCCCAGUCAUUGACUUCUCUAAUCGAGAUCUCAAACCGGAAACUCCCGAGUGGGACUCAGUGAGAGCUCAAGUCCGGAAAGCUCUAGAAGAGUACGGAUGUUUCGAGGCCACGUUCGAUGGAGUUUCAGCGGAGCUGAGGAAGGCUAUUCUCAAGGCCACGGAGGAGGUUUUUGAUUUGCCUCUGGAGACAAAACUGAGAACAAAGUCAGACAAAAUCAUUUACGAAGGGUACUUGACGAUUCCGACUAUGCCUUUAUACGAAGGUUUGGGCUUCUACGGUGUAGAUAGUCCUGAGGUUGUCGAUGACUUGAUUCACAAGCUUUGGCCUCAAGGCAACGUCACCUUCAGCAAGAAUGUCCAGUCAUUUGGGGAGAGCUUGAUAGAACUAAAUGUGAAGGUGAGGACAAUGAUCAUGGAGAGUUUCGGGCUCGAGAAAUACAUCGAGGAACAUCUUAACUCAGCAAAGAACCACCUUCAAAUAUUUAAAUACAAAGGCCUUGGCGAUAAGACAGAAGAAACUCUGGGUUUUAAACCUCAUAUCGAUAGACAGUUCCUCACCAUACUUUGCCAGAACGAUGUAGUAGACGGCUUGGAAAUUAAAACCAAAAAUGGUGAAGAGUGGAUCAAAUCUAGGCCAUCUCAAGACACUUCUUUCCUUGUUAUAGCCGGAGCUUCUCUUCAUCUACUAUUGAAUGGUGGGGUGUUUCCUCCCCUUCACCAAGUGGUUAUAACCGGAAAGAAAGAUCGGUAUGUGGCUUGCCUGUUCUCGCCUCCUAGAGAAGGACUGAUCAUAAAUGCGCCAGAGGAGGUAGUAGAUGAUGAACAUCCUCGUCUCUAUAAGCCUUUUGAUUUUGAGGCUUACGUGAAAUUCAGCAACAGGACCAACACAAAUACCAAGGGAAGAGAUCUAUCUAGUCUCAAGAGUUAUUGUGCCCUUUAAACAUUUAUGAUGCCUUCCAAUUAGAAAAAAAUGUCUUGUUUGAUCACGGUGGACUUUUCCAUUCAAUCUCGAGCUGGUUUGUUUGUUGUCUUUACUUUGC